GCCGCUCCGGGACUGGCGCCUCGCUGGUGCUGACGACGCGGCCCGAGCGGGAGCGGCGGCCGGAGCGGCGGCGGCGUCGUCAGUGGCGGGUUCGGUGUUUCGGUGGCUCUGCCCCUUCCCCGCCGCGCCAUGCCCACCGUGGAGGAACUCUACCGCAACUACGGCAUCCUGGCGGACGCCACGGAGACGGCGGGCCAGCAUAAGGAUGCCUACCAGGUGAUCUUGGAUGGUGUGAAAGGAGGUGCCAAGGAGAAGAGACUCGCAGCCCAGUUCAUUCCUAAGUUCUUCAAGCAUUUUCCUGAGCUAGCUGACUCAGCUAUCAACGCCCAGUUGGACCUCUGUGAGGAUGAAGAUGUUUCUAUCCGUCGACAAGCAAUCAAGGAGUUGCCUCAGUUUGCCACUGGAGAUAACCUUCCUCGGGUAGCAGACAUACUGACCCAGCUUCUGCAGUCAGAUGAUUCUGCAGAAUUCAAUUUGGUGAACAAUGCCUUGCUCAGUAUAUUUAAGAUGGAUGCUAAAGGGACUUUGGGAGGUUUAUUCAGUCAGAUUCUUCAGGGAGAGGAUAUUGUGAGAGAGCGAGCCAUUAAGUUCCUUUCUACAAAACUGAAAACCUUGCCAGAGGAAGUGAUGACAAAGGAGGUGGAGGAGUUCAUAUUGACUGAAUCAAAGAAGGUUCUGGAAGACGUGACAGGCGAGGAAUUUGUUCUGUUCAUGAAAAUAUUGUCUGGAUUAAAAAGCUUACAGACAGUCAGUGGGAGACAGCAACUGGUGGAGCUGGUGGCUGAGCAGGCUGACCUGGAACAAACGUUCAAUCCAUCAGAUACGGACUGCGUGGACAGACUUCUGCAGUGCACUCGGCAGGCAGUGCCACUGUUCUCAAAAAAUGUUCAUUCCACAAAAUUUGUUACUUAUUUCUGUGAGCAUGUUCUGCCAAACCUCAGCUCUUUGACUACUCUAGUGGAGGGUCUUGAUAUCCAGUUAGAGGUUUUGAAGCUUCUUGCUGAAAUGAGUUCAUUUUGUGGUGAUAUGGAAAAGCUUGAAUCAAAUUUGAAGAAGCUGUUUGAUAAAUUGCUGGAGUAUAUGCCACUCCCACCAGAGGAAGCAGAAAAUGGGGAAAAUGCUGGCAAUGAAGAGCCCAAGUUGCAGUUCAGUUAUGUGGAGUGUUUAUUGUAUAGCUUCCAUCAGCUCGGUCGCAAACUUCCAGACUUCCUCACAGCCAAGCUGAAUGCAGAGAAAUUGAAAGACUUCAAAAUCAGGCUACAGUAUUUUGCUCGAGGACUGCAGGUGUAUAUCCGACAGCUUCGUCUGGCACUUCAAGGAAAAACAGGAGAAGCUUUGAAAACAGAGGAGAACAAGAUUAAAGUGGUUGCCUUGAAAAUAACCAAUAACAUUAAUGUUUUAAUCAAGGAUCUCUUCCACAUUCCUCCUUCUUACAAAAGUACAGUUACAUUGUCCUGGAAACCAGUACAGAAGGCAGAUGCAAGUCAAAAAAGAGCAAGUGAAGAUACAACUUCAAGUUCACCCCCAAAGAAAGCUUCAGCAGGACCAAAAAGGGAUGCCAGGCAAAUAUACAAUCCUCCCAGUGGAAAAUACAGCAGUAACCUGGGUAGUUUUUCUUACGAGCAAAGAGGUGGUUUCCGGGGUGGACGAGGAAGAGGAUGGGGAGGACGUGGCAAUCGCAGCCGAGGAAGAAUCUACUGAGAAGACUGCUAAGUCUUGCAUGCCCCUGAAGGGCUAAAGUGAAAGUGCUACUCAGCAAGUUUGCUUGGAGCAUUGUUUUCUUCAAGGACUGCCUUCCAUUGAGACUGACUUAAAUGUUCUUUAUACCUUUGUAUGUAUGAUCUACUUUUCUAACGGACUACAACUUGUCCAUAGUGAAACUACAACUGUAUUUUUGGAUGCUUACAGUCAGCAGUUUUGGGUUCUUACUUUUGAAGUGUCUUCAAGAUUCAAAAUUGGAAAAGAGCGUAGAUGUUUCAUCAAAAGCUGCAUCUUGACAGUUUGUAUAUUAACCUAAAAGUCAGCUACUGCAUAACUGAAAUAUAUAAUUGAGUUUAUGUAUUAAGUAAUGGACAGGAAAGGCAUGACAACAGAGAUAUGUGUUAGAUAAGCUUAGCAGCUGAAGUAAUCCUUUCCUCAUCUGUAACCAUAUUUUGCAAUAUGUGGAGAAGAGUACCAUUGUUAAAUUUGCUUUGAUUUACUUUCUUUAAUUGAAUUGAAUUAAAUACAUGCUGGUUUUUUAAAGUUUGCAACGUGGCUGGAAAUCUGUUCUGCUUGUAGCAUGAAGCAUUCUUACUUAGAGAUGUGGAGAAUGUGGCAUUUUUUGGUUUGCACAUCUUACUCUUCUCCGUGCAUUGUAAUACAAAAGUGAUGUUUUGAAAAUUAAUUUUUAAUGUUUAAUAUGAAUAUGUGCAUAUAGUUAUGCCGUGAAAUCUCAGUAAAUGAAUAGCAUAAAAAAACCAAAACAAUAAAUGACGAAUUAUUUCAGGAAUGGGUAAAGACUGAUGCAGUGAUUAAGCUUCAUAGACUGGAGCUGGACCAUAGGUGUUUCUGGCUCUUUUCUGUUUUAUGCAGAUUUCUGGAUUAGUUGGCACUUGAGGGUGGGCUGGUUGGUUGGUUGGUUUUUCUUGUUUUGUGAUUUUUGUGUGUGUGUGUUUUGGUUCUUUUUUUUUAACCAAUAGUUGCAUUUAAAAAUAUAUAAAUAAAACUGUAUUUUGGGUAACAUUGAAAAAUUCCAGCUACAUACUUCAAUUCAGGUGGAAAAGUUAACAAUUCCAUGCUAUUUUUUCCAUAGCAACUUGAGAUUUUUAUUUACUGAUGUGCACCCAGAAAAUACAAUGUAAGAGCACAAUGUUGUUUUGUUUUUUUUAUUCUCACCACUCAAAAUUUUAACUUCUCAGGUCAUUCAGCAUUGUAAAGGAAUUAGUAUAUAGUAAAAAGAAGUCAAAACCGGAAAAGAAUUUUAAUUAAGUGUUCCAGAGCAUGUUGAUGUAAAAUACCGUAGGCUUUAGAAGAGUGAAUAAUACUUCUUAUCCUCCUGUUUUUUUGCCCAGUGAUAUCCACAAAAGAUGAUGUCUCCCCACCCUAGUUGCAUUUGUAUUUGCUUGUGAAUCUCAUUCAGGUGUUUUCAUUAACACUCUUUGAUAUUUAUCACUACAAUCAGAAGGCCAGAAUACCAAAAUUAUGUCAAAGUUAGAAACAUUGUUGAGGAUGCUAAAUUCAAAGUCUGUUUUUGCUUAACUCUGGAACAGUAGGUAGGAAACUUUGGACAUUCCUGGACAUGUGAGCUGACUGUAUUUCUUGUUACAUGCCAGCUGCUAACCUCUGAUUUGUCAUUAAAACCAUGAAACUUGGCUAAAAGCUUCGAAGAAAUUUGUGAGGUCAAAAUGUCACUCUGAAAAUAGAUUUUGGCAUCUGAAAAUAGGCACUAGAUAUGUAAUAAGCUUCUACUGGGAGG